AUGGUGUUGGGGAUGCCGAAACAACAUAUGAUAUUUUGCCAGACGAAUGUUUCAAUGCGAGCUGCAGUGAUGGUGGCUAAGUCGAGCUUCAGCCCAUUUGGUGAAGUAGUCCACAACUACAAUUGCAUACUUGACCUGGCCUUUGCCCUUAGGCAUAGGUCCAAUGACGUCAAAUCCUCAUUGGGCGAAUGGCCAAGGACUGACCAUGGCUGUCAAUGGUUCAAUUGGAAGUUGUGGGAUGUUAGCAAACCGCUUACACUUGUCGCACUUCUGGGUGAAGGCUUGGGCAUCAAUAUGAAGUGA